GAGCAAGGCAGCGCAAGCGUCGUUUGAUCGAGAUAAUUUUGUAAUUGAUGUUGGUUGUAUGUGAUCGGUUCUUCAUUUGGUUUUGAAUCUGUAAACAAAUUCAAUCAUUUUUGAAGUUUGUUAGAAUCAUUACUCUUAAUAUUAAAAGGGCAAAGAGGAAAUAAUGGACGAAAAAGAUAACAAAGGCGAUACAGAAGUGAAUGAAGUUAAUGUUUUGGAUGAGUUGCUUGAAAAUGCUGAUGAUGAUGAUUUAACAGCUGAGUUAAAUAAUGAAGAAAGAAAGCAAGCAAUCACUGUUAAGCCUUCAGUGAAAUCCAAAGUUAAAACAAAAAUCACUAAACCAUCAGCUAAAACACCAUCCAAAUUAAUUAACAGCAAAAUAACAAAAUCGAGUUCUCAAUCCUUUACAACAAAGAAAAGUAGCACAAGUAGCAAAAUGUCUGCAAAACCGAGCGUUCAGCGAGUUAAUCAGUCAAAAGCAGAAAGUGCUGUAAAAUCUUCAUCAAAAGAAAUGAAGGUUCCUCAGAAAUCUCCAGUAAAGGUUAAAAGCACAAAAUCAUCCACAACAAGCACAAAGGCAGUCGAAAGUAAAGCAAAUGUGAAAUCAGAAAGUAUAAAAGCGAGCAUAAAAAGUAGUAAUAGUGCCAAAUCAAUUAGUAGCUUAUCAAAUACUAAAGAAAAGGUUUCUCAUAGACUGAAGUCCGAAUUGACGAAAACUGUGAAAAAAGUAAACACUAAAACAACAUCCACAACCACAACACCUUCUACUACUACUACUGUUACUACUAAGAAGACAGUUCCAAAAGUUGUGAAAAAGGUAUCUGAAAAGAAACCAACCCCUAAGCUAUCUUCACAAGUUAGCAAGACAUCUAGCAAAAUAGAAAAAGAAACAACUAAAACUGCUGCCACAAGCAAAACAGCUACCACAUCAAAAGAUGUUGCUAAAGAUAAAUCCCCCACAAAUAAAGAACAGGAGCAAGAAGAAUCAGAUGUUGACAAAUUACAUGUUAUGGUUGCAGCUGAUGAAUUAACUGAUGAAAUUCAGAAUGCAGCUCAAGAUGAUGUUGGAACCGGUAUUAGGGAACCAGAAGCUGGAGGUGGAAGUGAAGAUCAGGAUUUUGAUACCCGCAGUGAAGCUUCUAGUUCUGCUCCUGCUGAAUGUAGUUGCUCGUGUGAAGAAGAUAGAAAUAGUAGUGUGAUGUCGUCAAGUGACUCGGCAUCACGAUCACCUUCUCACUCCUUAACAGCAUCAAGAUCUGGUUCAGAGACUGGAGGACAUAAGAGAGAGAAGAAAGAACCUCGAUCCAGAAAACGUACCCACUCGCCAAUUGUUUAUGAUCGUAAAGGUGGAAGUGCAGAAAGUAAAUAUUUCUUAUUAAUUAUUUUUACAUUUCUUAGUUGUGAAACAUUUUCUUUGAUUUCUUUAAAAGUCAAUGAGAUCAACACGAAAAUUUUUGGGAACAACACAGGACAGAUUAAAAUUCUCUAUUUUUCAUUACAGGGUGUUUGGUCAACUCCUCCUCAAAAUGAAGCAAGACUUAAUCAGGCAUUCAGAGAAAGCAAAAAUGUCAUUUUAAUAUUUUCUGUUAAAGAAAGUGGGAAAUUUCAAGGUAAAAAUCUUUUGUUUUUAUUUUAUAAAUUUAUAACCAACGAAGCCACAAAAUAUCUAAUAGGGAAUGUUUACAGCCAUUAUUCUGGCUAUUCUCAUCUUGCCAGAAGGGAGUUGCCUUUUACGAAGACCCAACAUCUUUAUAACCCAUGGAAUGAAGGAAAACAAGUAAAAAUUGGUAGAGAUGGUCAGGAAGUCGAACCGAAAGUAGGUGAAGAAUUAUGCCGCUUGUUUCCCGUCGACGAAAAUAUCGAUCUAGUAUCUAUACUACACCGGAUAAAGCGCAACAAAGUUCGUCACAGCUCACGUACAACAAGAGACAUCCGCCACAGAGAACGUCACAGAGAACACCGUGAACAUUCGUCUCGGCGCAGUCCCCACGAUUCCUUGAGACGGCGACGGAGACAUGAGAGUUACGACAUUCGAUCUAGUAGAUCGAAACACAGUAGGCACGAUUUCCACGAAGCUUAUUUUAAAGAAUUGAGCAGAGAUAGGUCAUCUUUGGAUCGUUAUUUAAGGAGAGAUAUUAUGAAUGGAGAGUAUGCCGACUACAUGAGAGAAUUCCAUCAUCAGAGACCGCCAUUGCCGCCACUCCCCUUUGGUGCACCGCCAUCAUAUGGUUUAGAGCCCCCACCUUAUUAUGAAAGAACUCUGCAUCAUCCAGAUUUCAUGUCGCUUCGCCCCAGACCAAUGGAUAAGCGUGCUUACGAGCGUUCCGUAGAUGACUUCCUCAGAAGAACAGCAAGACCACCGAGUCGACCGGAUCGCAGAUACAGGGAUCACCUGUGAUAGAAAGAGCAUUAUGUAAAUCAAAGUUCUCUAAAGAAAAUUUUGAUGAGAUCAAUUGUUAACAAGCUCGAUAAGUUGUAAACGAGUAAUUUAUGAGAUAAGCUGUAUAUUUGUUUAUUGUAAACGAACUUCUUGGCCGGUGAAUGUUGGAUGCGGCAGAAGUACCAUUCGAGUUAUACUUCACUCCAUAGAAAAUUCCGAUAUAUUCGGUGAAACAAUUACUUUAUCAUUCAAAUACUAAUAAAUUGAGUUUUAUACCUUCCACAUGGCCAUUUGAUAGACUCGUUUUGUUAAUGUUAGAGAAGGUGAAAGUUUCUUGCAUAAGUAUCACUCGAAAAUGUCCUCGAAGUCAUAGAAUUUUGCAAGUAAAUUUUGGCAUUUUCGGCAAACCUAUUAGAAAGUUACAGAGACUCCUUUUACUCACAGAAUUUCAGUAUAACAGUAUCUUUAAAAUAUCACUAUCGUCAAUGUAUUUUUAACACGCAAACAGUUUCUGUAAUGUAGAAUUGCGCUUCCUAAUUUCAUAGAUGUGUUUAUGCCAUUUAGUUAAGUCAAUGUAUAUACAAGAGAUUCAUUAUUGAAAGAAUAUCCAUUAUAGAUACUUAUGUAUAUCAUCUGUAUAUUGUAUGCACAUUUAUUUUCAUUGAUAUUUUAAAUUGUCGAGAAAUUUUUUAAAAUUCACUCAUUGUCAUUGGAGUCAGGUUUGUCAUUUCAUUUGCAUUGUCAAAUUUUCCUAAAUGUUAAUUGCUCACUUGAAUAUUUGUAAGUUUUUUGUUUUCCUUUCUGUAGUAUAGAAAGAUAGAGCUUGUGGAUGAACUUGUAUAACAAAUAAAGAAGUUUUUAACUUUG